AGGCUGGGGGGCAUCGUGGCCCCCAAGAGUCUGCCAAGGGAAAUGGUCAUCUCAAGAGACCAGAUUGCACAUCAACAAUCUGGAACUCAGAGCAGUCUUCAAUGCCCUACAACAUUGGCAGCAGUAUCUAGCCACCAAGCACGUUCGUAUACAAUCGGACAACGGAACCACAGUGGCAUAUCUCAACCGCCAAGGGGGCACCAGAAGUGCAACUGCGCUGCGGGAGGUGACACAAAUCAUGGCAUGGGCGGAACAGAACGAUGUCCUCAUCACGGCUAUCUUCAUACCAGGGGUGCAAAACUGGCAGGCCGAUUACCUCAGCCGGCACACCCUGGACCCCGGGGAAUGGCAAUUGAAUCCGGAGAUAUUUCAAGCAAUAUCAAACAGGUGGGGGACCCCAUCUGUAGACAUGAUGGCUUCCAGAUUCAACACGCAACUUCCACGAUUCUAUGCAAGAAUCCGCGACUACAAGGCGGAAAGAGUGGACGCGUUAGUGAGUCCGUGGGACUGCCACCUCGCAUACGUGUUCCCUCCCAUUCCACUCAUUCCCAAGGUCAUUCAAAAGAUAAGAAUGGAAAACGUCUCCACAAUUCUGAUAGCACCAUGGUGGCCUCGACGCACGUGGUUCGCGGAUCUCAUUCAGUUGUCGCAAGCAGAACCAUGGAUCCUCCCUCAGAUUCCCAACCUUCUAUCUCAGGGACCGGCAGUGGCGAACAACAUUCAUCAACUAAAAUUGACUGCAUGGCUAUUGAAUCCCAGCUGUGGCGGAACAGGGGAUUCUCUCCAGCGGUCACAACUACGCUGUUAGCCGCCCGCAAAGCUUCUACGGCAAGAUCUUACUAUCGGGUUUGGCAGAGGUUCCUUGGUUGGUCAGAGUCCCAUCACUUAGACUGGAAGGUCUGUCGAUCACCACAAAUAUUGGAAUUUUUGCAACAUGGGCUGGAUAAAGGUCUUAGUGUCUCAGCAUUGAAGGUUCAGCUGUCGGCCCUUUCCUCCCUUUACCAGACUCAAUGGGCAAUCUUGCCGGAGUUCAGGCAAUAUUUUCAAGCACUUUUGCACCUUUAUCCUCCACAUAGGAACCCAGUUCCGCCUUGGGACUUGAAUCUUGUCUUGGGAGCUCUUCAGCAGGCCCCGUUUGAACCUAUGGAUACGGUGGACAUCAAAUAUGUUUCUUGGAAAGUAGCAUUUUUACUUGCAAUCUGCUCAGGGCGCAGGGUCUCCGAUCUCACGGCCUUGUCCUACAAACAACCUUGGUUAAUUUUUCAUCAGGAUAAAGCGGUGCUACGCACGGUGCCAUCUUACCUUCCGAAAGUAACAUCUGCAUUCCACAUUAACCAAGAAAUUGUCCUUCCAUCAUUUUGCCCGAAGCCGUCCAGUCCUGCUGAAAGACAACUUCAUAAACUUGAUCCAGUCAGAGCUUUGAAGUUUUAUCUCAAGAGAUCUUCACUAUUCAGGAAGGCAGAUGCUUUAUUGGUUCUUUUUGGCUCCACUAAGAUGGGUCAGCCUGCUUCUAGAGCUACUCUAGCUAGAUGGAUAGUCUCCACUAUUUCAGAAUCAUAUACUAGAGUUGGUCAGGGCAUUCCCUCUAAUCUUAAGGCCCAUUCUACCAGGAAGAUCAGUGCUUCCUGGGCACUUCAAAAUUCAGCUUCUCCAGAUAUGUUAUGUAAGGCAGCCACCUGGAGUUCUCUACACACAUUUUCCAAAUUUUAUAAAUUGGAUGUUCUCGCCUCUUCAGAAGGGGUUUUUGGCAGGAAGGUGCUACAAGCAGCAGUAGCAUCUACUUAGUUCCUGCAUAGUCUGAUCCGUACACUACAGUUUGUUCAGUUAAGUUAGUUUUUUGCCCACCCUCUUUUUAGGACGGCUCUGGGACAUCCCCAGUCGUCCUGCACUGACAGGUAGGGCCGACUUAGAAAAGGAGAUUUUCUUACCUGAAAAAUCUUUUUCUAGUAGGCCCGUACUGUCAGUGCAGCAUCCCGCCCAUUGGUGGAGUGCCGGUUUUUGUUUUUGCUGCUCGUCUGUAUAUAGUUAGGUCAGUUAGGUUAACCAUCUCCACCGACAGGCUUUAUAAUAAACUGGAGAGGAGGUGGAGAUAACAGGAAGGAGGAGUCUCAAGAAGCAAGAGUUUGUCCUGCCUCCAGAGAGGAGCAA